AUGCGAGAAUAUAAUUCAAGUACUUGUAUAGAACAUAAAAAUACUACCGUAAUUUUCAGUAAAGAAGCAUAUAAAAUCUUCACCUGCAAUUUUGCACCAAAAGGAACCAAUCAAGCUAGUUACAAUACAACACCAUACAAAACUAAACAAAACAAAAGAAAACACAGAAAUAAUGAAUUUACUAAAAACGGGUGUUUGGUCUUCAGAGUUCGGUGCUAUUGCCACAUUUCCCUGUUUUGCCGACCAAUCACUAUUGUUUAUUACCAACUAUUGAACACAAAUAUUAAUCUUGGAAGUAUCCAAUUAUUUUGGUUAUAUCUAACAAGUGCGUAUACAUUAAUUUGCUUGAGUGGAAACUAA